AUGGAAAAAGAACUCGAUUCCGGACCGUAUGAUUGUCAGGGCAAGGUUGGCCAAAUCACUGACAAUGGCAUCACUGUCGAUGGCCAUGUACAAUAUGCAUAUGACCGUCUUGUGCGUGCGGUCUUCAUCCUCGGACCCUCUUCCAGCGGCAAAACAACUUUGUGCAAUGCUCUGGUAGAGGAUCUGGGUCUAGACCGCUCGCGCUACGUGACGGAGGUCGCGAGGAACGUCAUGAAGACUCACGGGUUCACGCGCCAUGACACAGACACAUUCGAGAUGCAACAUACAAUUAUGAUGGCGCAACUCAGAGCGGAGGAGGCUGUCUUGAAGAGAUAUAGUGAAAACAUUGAUUUUCCACUGGACAUUCUCAGCGAUAGAUCCGCAAUCGACCCCGCAGUAUACGCUGGGACAUCCACUGCCGCGGGCGCAGCCGAGCGACAGAAAAGGUUGUUGAACGAUCCUGCCUUCAGAGCAGUUCUUCCCUUAUACCAGAAGUCUACGUUUGUGCAAGACUGGUUUGAGGACGACGGAGUGCGAUCGCUUGAAGAUCCACGGGUCUACAACACCCACUUGUUCGCUGUAAUGGAGGAGCUCGGGAUUCCGUUUGUGUGUAUCGGAGAGGAAAGGAAGGACAUACGCGACAGGGUAGACUUUGUACGAGAGCUCCUGGAACAGCAGAGGGCAUGA